CGGGGCGGCCGGGGCCGGCUCUGGGCUGGGCUCUCCGUGCAGGAGCCUUCCCGAGGCUGACGGCGUGUUUGCGGCGGAGCCGGAGGAGGCGGGAUGAGCAAGGGCAAGGACGAUGCUCCGCACGAGCUCGAGAGCCAGUUCGUGCUGCGGCUGCCCCCGGAAUAUGCCUCAACUGUGCGGCGAGCAGUCCAGUCUGGGAACGUCAACCUGAAGGACAGGCUCACCAUUGAGCUGCACGCGGAUGGGCGCCAUGGGAUUGUCCGUGUGGACCGGGUGCCACUGGCAGCCAAGCUGGUGGAUCUGCCCUGCAUCAUUGAGAGCUUAAAAACCAUUGACAAGAAAACCUUCUACAAGACAGCAGAUAUUUGCCAGAUGCUUGUUUGCACUGUGGAUGGUGAUCUCUACCCGCCUUUGGAAGAGCAAACAGCGACCACUGACCCCAAGGCAAACAAGAAGAAGGACAAGGACAGAGAGAAGAAAUUCAUAUGGAACCAUGGCAUCACUCUUCCCCUGAAAAAUGUACGGAAGCGGCGAUUCCGGAAGACAGCUAAGAAGAAGUAUAUCGAAUCUCCUGAUGUGGAAAAAGAGGUGAAGCGUCUCCUGAGCACCGAUGCUGAGGCUGUCAGUGUCCGCUGGGAAGUCAUUGCUGAAGAUGAAACAAAAGAAGUGGACAACCAUGGUUCACUCACCAGCCUGGACAUCUCCUCCCCAGGGAUGUCGGGGCAUAAGCAAGGCCAUGGCUCCUCAGAACACGAUGAACUGCGGGAGAUAUUUAAUGACAUCAGCAGCAGCAGCGAGGAUGAAGAUGAGAGGGAUCAUCAUGACGAUGAAGACCUGAACAUCAUGGACACUGAGGAAGACUUGGAGAGACAACUGCAGGACAAGCUGAACGAGUCUGAUGGGCAGCAGCAGGAGAAUGAGGGGUCCAACCAGAUCGGUGAGUGGCCAGCAGAGCAUGGCAGAAUUCUUGGGAUGACAGGCCAGGCUGUGCUUCCCAGCUCUGCUGCUGCUCUGGGUCUGAGCUCACUCUCCCUUCCAGCCAUGGGCAUCCAGAAACAGAUUGACAACCUGAAAAGUAAACUCCAGGAAACUCAAGACAGGAGGAAGCGCCAGGAAGAUCUCAUCAUGAAAGUGGAGAACCUUGCCCUCAAGACCCGACUCCAGGCCGUGCUGGAUGAGUUCAAGCAGCAAGAAGAGCGAGAGAAGCAGCAGAUGGCAUCCCUGCAGGAGCAGCUGGAGUCCCUCAUGGAGAAGUGAGAAGUGGGCCUGGGUCUUCAUGAGCAGAGCUGGAAGUGGUGAUCACCUGCCAUGCUGAAGUCUUUGCUUCAGUUGCUCACUUCUGCCACAUCUGCUGCUGGGCAGUGGUAGAGGGUCCAUGUCCAGAGCUGAUUUCACAUCCACUGUGCUGGGUUUGGCUGGUGGAGCUAAAGAAUUGGACUCUGCCUGUGAGAGCAGCCAAAACAACAGAUUUACUGUUAAUAGUCAGCACUGGCCCCCCCAGGACAGCACGGUGCUGGUUUCUGCAUCUUACUGAGUCUUGGGCUUGAUGGCCUGUGGCCUCGUAAGAGUUUGUUCUUGUGUUUGAGGAAUGUUUAUAUCUGCAAACCAAACUCAAUAAAGUUUCCUUUUCUGCC